AGAAAAUGACUAUGAUAAAUAGUCGGCCCGAGCUUAUGAAUUUGUCCUUCUCGGGUUGUGGAUUCCUUUGUGUUUACCACGCUGGAGUCGCCGCCGCAAUCAAAGAAUAUGCACCAGAACUACUUCAAAAUAAGAUUCUCGGAGCGUCAGCCGGCUCGAUCGUUGCCUGUGGUCUCAUCACAGGUGUUUGCAUAUCCCACGCAACCAGCACGAUACUCAAAGUUGUCAGUCAAGCCAGAUCAAGGACGUUUGGGCCAUUACAUCCAGAAUUUAAUCUGUUAGGAAUAGUUCGAGACGAGCUGGAGGUCAUCUUACCACCAAACGCUUAUGAAAUGUGCACCGGACGUCUGGUUAUCUCGCUAACACGGUGGAGUGACCAUGAAAAUGUAAUAAUUGAUGAAUACCGUUCGAAUGCUGAUCUCAUUGAUGCAAUUAUGUGUUCGUGCUUUAUCCCACUAUAUUGCGGAAUUACGCCUCCGAAAUUCCGUGGUGUACAGUAUAUUGAUGGUGGAGUGUCGGAUAAUCAGCCAAUCUACGACGAGCACACAGUUACCGUAUCCCCAUUUUCUGGAGAAUCAGACAUUUGCCCACCAGACUGGGACAGUGGAAGCAUGCUUGGAGUGGACUUCAACGGAACUUCAAUUAGAUUUACAACUAGAAAUAUGUUCAGACUUAUGGCUUGUCUCUGGCCUAGAUCGACCGAUGAUUUAUCGAGAAUGUGUUUGCAAGGAUUUGGAGACGCUUUGAGAUUUCUGACCAAAUGUGGAUUGGCUCCAUGCAUACGUUGUCUCACAAUUCAAACGAUUGAUGCAAAUGAGCCAGCAGGGCGAGUUUCGUCUGAAUGCUUUUCAGAGAAUGAUGAUGCGAAGAAGGUUACGCACGUCGCUGUUCCCCGAAUGAAGAAACGUGCGAGUGCAAAUGCUUUGAACAGCUUCCGUACUCGUGGCGAAUCAGAGUGUGAGACGUGUGGUGACAGUGAUAUUCCACUCGAGGAAGUCAAUAUUCAAAGCUUCUUCCCAAGUAUCAUGAAGAAACCAUUCGAAGACGCAGUUGCUGCAGAACGUUCAGUAUUCCAGUAUAUGAUGUCAUUCCGACUCGUUCGAUAUGCUACCACUGCAAUGGGAAUCUCGAAAUUCCCAUUCGACAUGGCACUUGCAUUUGUCAAAAAGUUGGUGAAAUGUGAACCAGCCGAUUUGGCUAUACUCACAGCUUUCUUUGCCAGAGUUCAUCAAUAUUUGGAUAUGGUCAGCCCACCACGCUGGAUUAUGCUCAAAUUCCGCGGUUUGGCAGAUUUCAUUCUCGGCGAAGUUGAAAAGCAGAAAUCGAGAUACACAAACUUCUCCUGUCUGGUUGCUGUCGCUGAAACUGACAGCUUCGGAUCCGUGCUCGCAUCGUCCACAAUGGAAAAAGAGGAGCAUAAGGAGAUUGAGUUGAGUGAAGAUGCCAAGAAAGAGAUGAUCCUUUUACGUGAACGAGAUCGCCGAAGAAAGUUGCUCAAGAAAGCUGGAAAGAUUACUCCGAACAACUCAGAGAAUCAAUUUGAUGAAACAAGUGUUUAUGACGUGGAUUCAUUUGAACAUGUCAUUGAUUUCACGAAAAGUCAUGAAGCACUUUAUGAAUUCCAUUAUCGUGAUGAGAAUCAAGUCAUGAAAACGUUUGGAUUGUUCACUGAUAGCCAACAACGGCCAUAUUCAUCAGCAUCACAACAUCAGCAUCAUCAUACAAAAAGCCUCGGAGGUACUAGCCGACUUGUUCAUGUUCCAGAGGAAGACGAAGAUGCUCCAUUAUCCGCAGUUUCCGCUCCUGCGGUUAUCUUCCACGGAGGGCAGGAAAUUGUAGAACUUGGUGAAUCGGAUAAGGAUUCUGGAUUAUCUGGAAUUGAUACAAAAAGAAAGGUGCCGGAUGAACCGACUACAAGUAAACGUGAUGCAUGUUGCUCUCCAGUUCGCGAAUUUGAUGAUCAACAACAUCAAUUCACAUCAUCCCAGCCACCUCAACCAGCCGAAUCUUCUCCGCGAAGAUUUGAAAAGGGACGAAGCGGUCAACGUCGAUACAUUCGUGAUACUAUUGAUUCAAGGAAGCCUUCCAAAAAGUCAUCAAUGACUGCGGCUGUAUCUGUUCCAACUAUGUCAUCGGAUUCCGAAGGAGUAGACGGAACCGAGAAGCUGUUUCUGCCAUCGAGGAAGGCAUGGCGAGCCAGCAGCGAUUUUGAGAAUAAGGAUUCGUCCAAUAAACAAAGUGACACGACGACAACUGCUUGAAUCUGAUAUUGAAUUUUAUGUGUCAUUUAUGAAUCCUGUGACCCAUCUACUCUUUUCCCAUUUUUUGUUCAUUUUGUACCGAUUUAUGUAUAUUUUUGUACACUUGUUUGGUAGGGAUUAUGGAUUCUAAAUCCAAAUUUACCAAUAACCCUUACCUCUUUCGUUUUUUUUCUCAGUGCCCACGGGUUGGAAUUCAUCCAACAGUCAACCAAAAAUUCUGAAUUAUUUCGUUGUUCGUUCUUUAAUAUUGUGCUUUUGGUUUUUUGCUCUCCCCGAACCCCCACACCUCCCAAUGUCGCCUUAAACUAUUAAUAUACCUGUCGCUGCCGCAUUUAUAACGUUUUUUUGAAACUAAAUAAAUUGAAAAAAGUUC